ACCAGUCGUAAUAUAUUGAUUGACAAAAAAAUGAAUCGCUCUUUCGCUUUACAUCGUCAGCCGUGGUCGGGAAAUUAAAGUUUUGAUUUUACUAACUUUAUUCCGGCGUUUACUGGAUUACAUUGAAUACGCCACUAAGACGAACAAAACUGGGUUUCUAUUAGAAUUACACUGACUUUGCUGUCUCUGUUAAUUCACUUUAAUUAGUGAUGGAAAACAAGCGUUGCUUUGAGAACCGCUAUGUCGAUUAUACUGGAGCUUUGCUCUCGGGACAGGGUAACGAAGCCAUAGUGCCUAUUGUCAUCGCAAGUAUAGAGAAGAUCAUGAAGAAGGUGCCAGUUGACUCAAGUGAAUGUGACGGCGGUUUAUAUGACGGUCCAGCCGGAGUAGCAUACAUGCUGUACUACGUCUCAGAAUGCCCUUUGUUUUCUAAGCAAAGAGACACGUACCUGAAAAACGCGAAACAGAUCAUUGACGUGUCGGUGAAGUAUGUGGAUAGGGAGCAGGACAAAAAUUUGCGUGUUGCAUUCCUGCUCGGCGGUGCCGGGAUUUACGCCGUGGCUACGAUGGUCUACAAAGCCAUGGGCUUUUCGGACUUCGUCAAGCCCCUGACAAAAUUUCGAAACCUAUGGGAGGUGUGUGCGCCCAUCAGUUUUCUGGAGUGCGGCUCGGACGAGCUGUUCGUGGGGAGAACAGGAUACCUGUGCGCCGCUCUAUUGCUGAAACAGAGGCUCGGGAUAGAGAUACUAAGUCCAGAACAAAUAAAAGCUAUCUGCCAGGCUAUUAUCGAGUCUGGUAAGCAGUACGCAAGAAAGAAGAGGAAACCAUUUCCUCUCAUGUAUUCAUAUUAUGGAACUGAAUAUUUGGGUGCCGCCCACGGCCUGUCCUCCAUCCUGCAGAUGCUGCUGUCUUACCAGGAAGUGUUGUCGGCGGGGGAGAAGGAACUGGUGUGGCAGAGCGUGGACUUCCUGAUGAAUCAGGAGCAGAGCUGCAACUGGCCAGCCGAGCUGGGCUCCAUUAUCCAGCGGGAGAAUGAGCUGGUACACUGGUGCCACGGAGCCCCAGGCGUGGCCUACCUAUUCGCCAAGGCCUAUCUGGUCAACAAGAGGCCGCAGUACUUGGACACUUGCAUCCGAAGUGGCGAGUUAGUGUGGCAGAAGGGUCUGCUGAAGAAGGGCCGAGGAAUCUGUCACGGCGUCGCUGGGAGUGCCUACGUCUUUCUGCUCCUCUACCGGCUCACAGGAAACUCCAAAUACAUUUACCGCGCACAGAGGUUUGGAGAGUUCAUGUUCAGUGAUGAGUUCAAGGCCGGCUCCAGUUCCAUGAAUCGCAUUUACAGUCUUUUCGAAGGUCUCUCUGGUACGGUCUGUUUCCUCGUGGAUCUCCUGCACCCUGACAAAUCGGAGUUCCCGCUCUUCAGUGUCUUUGUCUAGGUCACAGCGGGAGUGAUCAGGAGAUGUGAGCCGUCGUCUUGAGCUUAAGUCAACGUUGGAAAACUGGCGACUUCUUAGAGCUGUUUCACUGUCUUAGUGGCUGUAGUUGCUUGACGUUGCCACAGUAAGAAACAUUACGAGGAUGUUUUGAAGCAACUGUGAUUUUAUAUAUGGUGGAAGAAUGUUAGAAAAAAUCAGAUAUGGUAAAAUAUCCUAAAUCAGGAAAAAUGUUUUUCCAGGCUUUCCGCUUAGGCUGUGCACAUGGGGCUGCUGAACAACAUCUCAAGUUACCUUCAAGCGGCCGACAGUAGAGGGCGCUCUGGGAAAUAAGAGCAGUGCCCUCCAUUAGAUAGCUCAGUGCUGUUUGGCUACGACCCUCCGAAUGCAUUUAAACGGGGCUCCUAUGCAGCAGGGGACAGUUUGGGAAAAUUAUGGAAUUUGAUUUUGGUAUUUAAGUCUGGAUAAGUAUGGAUAAGGUAAGGAAGUAUGCAAAUGUUUUGGUGACGAUUGCAAUAAAUUGGCCUACACUGUGAGAAAUAAAGAGCAGCAGUUCAUACCUUUGCUUGUCACUGGGGCUGCACCCUCGAGGAUCUGUACUCUAUAGCUGUAGGUAAAUGUACCUUUUAAGGUACAGAAAUAGACUAUGAGGAACAUUUUUGUACCA